AUGCUGCGCGCAAAAAGUGACUAUGGUCCAGGACAACAAAGACAAUCAAUUUCCUCGUCGUUCGAGCACAGGGAUGGAGAAGAAGCUUCAAAGUUCAAGAUGCGCCACGGUUGGGAAGAUCAACUCAUGUCACCAGAGCAAGCAAAUCUAUUGUCGCAGACGUUUUAUAUGUAUUACACUGACAAGCGGCACGAGACUGCUGGCAAUCCAAAAGAUGUCAAGGACGACUAUCACGUCCAGGAAUGGCGUAUGAAGGACCGUCUUAAGACCAUAUCCGCUCUUUUGACCGUCUGUCUGAACAUUGGUGUCGAUCCACCAGAUGUCAUCAAGACAAAUCCAUGUGCACGUAUGGAGUGUUGGGUCGACCCCAUGGGUACCGAUGGUCCGCAAGGCUCUGGUGGUGCUAAUCCUCAAAUCGGAAAGAAUUUACAAACACAGUACGAGACGCUCAGUAUGCGUACCCGCUACAAGCUCGUUAUGGAUCCCAGUAUCGAGGAAAUGAAAAAAUACUGCACCACCUUGCGUCGCAACGCAAAAGACGAGAGAAUCCUUUUCCACUACAACGGCCAUGGCGUGCCGAAGCCUACCGCGGCCGGAGAAAUCUGGGUUUUCAACCGCUCCUUUACACAGUACAUUCCUAUCUCUUUGUACGAUCUACAAAGUUGGCUCGGGGCACCUGGUCUAUUUGUGUAUGACUGUUCUGCCGCUGGUCUUAUCAUCAAGAACUUCCAUCCUUGUAUCAAGAAGCACGAAACCGAUCAAGUAGAGGCUAGACGACGCGAUCCUACAGCGCCAUUGAUGAACUGGAGCGAUUGUAUACAUUUGGCUGCUUGCCGUGAGGAUGAAUCUUUGCCCACCAACCCCGACCUUCCUGCCGACCUAUUCACAUCUUGUUUGACUACUCCGAUCGAGAUGGCUGUUCGUUUCUUCAUCCUUCAAAAUCCCUUGCCUGGAGGGCCUACUCUUUCCGAAGGCCGCAAUAUCCCUGGUAAAAUCUCCGAACGCAGGACUCCUCUUGGUGAGCUGAACUGGAUUUUCACCGCCAUCACCGACACGAUUGCCUGGAAUUGUCUUCCUAAACCGCUUUUCAAGAAGUUGUUCCGACAAGAUUUGAUGGUCGCUGCCUUGUUCCGUAAUUUCCUCUUGGCUCAAAGGAUCAUGCGAAAGUACCACUGCCAUCCUCAGUGUUAUCCUGAGAUACCAGAGACUCACAAUCAUCCCUUGUGGCAGAGCUGGGAUUAUGCUGUUGAGAUGAUUCUCUCUCAGUUGCCCAGUCUCAUUCAGCAAGCAAAAGAAAACAAGGAGCUGGAGUACCAACACUCUGAUUUUUUUGCGCAUCAACUCAGCGCUUUCGAAGUAUAUCUCAGCCAAGGCGCGCUGGAGCAAAAGGUUCCAGAGCAACUGCCGAUUGUCCUGCAAGUACUUCUGAGUCAAGUUCAUCGUCUGCGCGCCCUGAUUCUUCUGGGUAAAUUCCUUGAUUUAGGGCCAUGGGCUGUCAAUCUUGCUCUUAGCAUCGGUAUCUUUCCGUAUGUCCUGAAACUUCUUCAAUCCCAGGCGAUUGAACUCAAGCCCGUCAUGGUCUUCAUCUGGACUCGCAUCUUAGCUAUUGAUCAGUCGUGUCAGUCGGAUCUGCUCAAAGACAACGGAUACGCCUAUUUCAUUAACAUCAUAAGCCCUCAGACCGGUAUUCCGGUUGGUAACAUGGCAGAACACCGUGCCAUGUGCGCGUUCAUAAUUGCCAUGUUUUGCAAAGACUUCCGCCCAGGACAAAAUGUAUGUCUGAGCACUAACCCGGAGCUCAUCGAGAGUCUCUUGAGUCAUCUAGUGGAUAUGGAGAAUCCUCUGCUCAGGCAACAUUCUUGCUUGUGCAUCAGUAUGCUCUGGUACGACUUCCCUGAAGCCAAAUGGCAAGGUAUACGCUCUCAAGCACACAUGCGCCUUUGCGAUCUUGCUCUUGACCCUGUUCCCGAGGUCAGAACAGCAAUGCUGCAUGCUCUAACGAGUUUCUUGGGAAUCCCUGAUGUGACAGAUCAAGUCGCUUAUAUCGAAGAGACCAUUGCUUCAAUUAUUCUCGCUAUGGCAAACGACAGUAGCGUCAUGGUUCGUAAGGAGCUGCUUGUUUUCCAUUCCACCUUUAUUGCAAGGUACAAGAACAAAUUCAUUGUAGCAGCAUAUGAGCAAUUCACGGAAGAGUAUACGGCUCACUUGGCUCAAGAUGCCAGUAUUCAUCGCCCAGCAACACCUUCGGAAGCAAAUGGAUCAUACGACAGCAAACGCGAUUUAACAUUUGAGUCGCACAACACUUCCUCGAGAGGUUCUGUUGAGUCAACGGCUUCCAAAAACACAGUGUUCUCGGCGAUGUGGAAGCAAAUCUUGAUCAUAUCAGCCGAUCCUCACCCUGAGAUCGCGAGGAAUGCAGGCAUCAUUCUGGACAAUGUUUUGAGUGCCUUGUUCGAUUCCCCACUUGCCGUAUAUGUCCAUCAAAUGCUGGACGAUAUGGCAGCCCGACCUAUUCCCCAUGCUCAGGUUCCAGUCACUCUGCCGGAUGGGCCUACAAGACUCCAGCAUUCAGACGUCCCCCGAGCUCCACCAUCUCCUACACCAUCUACAAGUUCCAAGAAUGAUGGAUACUUUUCAGUGUCCGCAGGUCUUAGGCGCACAGCUAGUAUGGCCGCCUCAAUCAAGAAUCUUGCUUCUUUUGGUGUGAGCAAAGCUUCUCAGGAUCCUUCUCAAAGCCAAUCCUUGCGUGGACCAGGAGCUGGCAGACGUUCCCAAGUGCCCUCAGAUUGGAACAGACCGCCAGAUGCGGCCGAUCCGCAACCAACUCGUGUUCGCGGUCAUCAGAUCGCGAAGUCACCAUCAGUGCCCAAUUUCGAACCCAGAAACUUCUCCCAGCCUCCAACAAUUCCGUUGACUUCGAACUUUUUCCAAUGGUCAGCUUCGUACUUCAGAGAACCUCAGAUGCGGCCAUCUGAGGCCGAUGAACCAGGCUCUUUGGACUACAACGAACGACUGUGGCGACGCAACCGUAAUGACAAAAUAAUUGCCUCGACACAACCACUCAAGGAAGUUGCAGGCACUGGUCGCUGGGAUGUUCCCGCUGGAGUGCUUGCAACAAACAGUCCUCCUAUGAAAAUGGUGUUCCAUCAAUUCGAAGAUCACCUUGUUAUUAGUGAUGAUCAGGAUGGUAUUAGUGUGUGGGAUUGGCACCGAGAGAGAAGGUUGGCACGAUUUAGUGCAGGCAACCCUCAUGGCAGCAAAAUUAGCGACCUUCGCUUCAUCAACGAAGACGAUCAGGCACUGCUCAUGACUGGUAGCUCGGAUGGAGUCAUCAAAGUCUUCAGAAACUACGAGAACGAGAAAGAGGUCGAGUUAGUUGCCGCAUUCCGUGCUCUCACAGAUCUCGUACCAAGCACGCAUAACGCAGGGCUGGUAUUUGACUGGCAGCAAGGUCAAGGACGUGUCUUGGUUGCAGGUGAUCUUCGUGUCAUCCGCGUGUGGCAGGCUGGAACAGAGCUGUGCACUGCAGACAUUCCAGCAAGAUCGGGAUCUUGCGUGACCAGCUUGACUUCUGAUCAAGUAGAAGGCAACGUCUUUGUGGCAGGCUUUGGCGAUGGCGCGAUUCGUGUCUAUGACCAGCGCAACCGACCAGCAGAAAGCAUGGUGCGAGUAUGGAAAGAGCAUAAAGGAUGGGUCGUGGGAUGUCACUUGCAGCGCGGCGGUAUGCGAGAACUCAUCUCAGCAGAACGUGGCGGUGCAGUCAGGCUCUGGGACAUCCGUAUGGAUCGCAGCGUUGGCGUAGUCAAGGGCAAGGGUGAGGGUGGUAUUGGCACGUGUCGAACCUUGAGCGUACAUGAGCAUGCGCCCGUGUUUGCAACAGGAUCUUCACACAAUGCUGUUCGGGUCUUCUCGACCAACAACGUGACGGCGACGGCAGCGAACUCGACACCACUAUCAACCAUCGAACCUUUCAGCAACUUUCUGCACACCAAUGUGCUUUCUUCGCAUCGACCAACGCCGAUUGCCUCGACGGCGUUCCAUCCUCACAGAAUGAUGUUGGCCUGUUCUACGGUCAAUGACGGCCAUGUCAGUCUGUUCAAAUGCGCAUCGAGAGACGGCUCGAUGCUUAGCAGUCAGAAUGGUGUCGUCAAGGAAUGGGAGGCGUGA